AUCCUGGUGGGAAGUAUGAGUGGCUCUCCUUUUUCCAGAUGGGGUGAUGCUUUCUGCAAGGAAGUUAUCAGCAGCCAAGUUGAAACCACCAGGACCUUGGCCAAAACCAUUGCUGAUGCUGACCAGCCACCCAAUGCUUGGGUCGUCGUCACCGGCGUAGGCUAUUACCGCCCUAGCCCCACAGCUGAGUAUACUGAGGAUAGCCCUGGAGGGAAUUUUGACUUCUUCUCACGCCUGGUGAGCUCCUGGGAAGCUGCAGCUGUCAUCCCUGAUGGUCAAACUCGUGGUGUUCUGGUGAGAUCUGGUGUAGUUCUGGGCCGAGGUGGUGGCGUAAUCUCUCAGAUGCUCUGGCCAUUCUGGCUAGGACUGGGAGGCCCCAUAGGGUCUGGGCACCAGCCAUUCCCGUGGAUCCACAUUCAGGACCUGGCUGGGAUCAUAUGUCAUGCCCUGGAGAAUGAGUGCCUGCAAGGGGUCUUUAAUGGUGUCUCCCCAUCUUCUCCUGCCACCUCCAACAGCACAUUCACUCAGGAGUUUGCUGCAGCCCUGGGACGCCCAGCCCUACUGCCAGUGCCUGCCUGGGCCGUGCGAGCUGUCUUUGGGGUCGAGCGGGCUAUUAUGUUGUUGGAGGGCCAGAAAGUGGUACCAAAGCGCACCCUGGAGAGCGGCUACCAUUUCAUCUUUCCUGACCUUUCUGCAGCUUUGAAGGACAUUGUGGCUUGAGCAUUCCUUGUUCAGGCUGUUUAGGGCCUUGUUUUUGUGGUUCCCUGGCUCAUAUACCUUCCCUUGGGUGAAAGAGGGUGUCUUUUCCUGUUCUGUCUUCUUUUGUGCAUCUCCAGUUUAGGAGACAUCCUUCCUAUUUCCAACUGCAAUCUCCACAUCACCUGCUUUUGGUGAAGGGCACGGACCUCUAAGGAUUGUGACCACUGAAUCUGCCAUCUCUUUUCCACAGCAUUUAUGUGAGCUGCUCACAGAGCACCUUGGGGGAAGGAUGUCUCUGCCCCCUGCAAAAGAGGUAUGGUAGCAGGGAAGAUUUUCAGGUGUUGUAAUUCUUCUCUAUGUUACUGGAAGUCCCUCUUCCUGUUUUUCCCAAUGUCUUUCACCAUGUGAUCACAAGAGAC